AUGCAGCAAAAGAUAAUUAUCAAGAUAUCAAUGCAUUGCAGUAAAUGCCGAGCAAGGGCUUUAAAGAUAGCUGCUGUAGCAGAAGGAGUGACAUCGGUGGCUUUACAUGGCCCGGAAAAGGACAAGCUGAUGAUACAAGGUGAAGAUAUUGAUGCAGCAUGCUUGACAGCCAACUUGAGAAAGAAGCUUUGUCAUGCAAGCUUAGAAACAAUUGAAGAAGUGAAAGCGGACAAAAAAGAACCACCCAAACCUCCAACUCCAAUUCCAUGCUGCUGUCCACAACCCCUAUCUUGAAUUUUAUAAAGUGGUUUCUGAUCCCUCCCCAGGUCUUUGUCCUAUUUUGUGAAACCAAAAAAAACUUCAAUGGCGGAUAUCACCAAUAAUGAAGUGCUAGCAGUUGCAACUCCAAUUAUUGACCUUUUUUCCCCCCCAACUUCUUUUUGUUUCCUCAUUUUUAAUUCUUCAGCACAUCGCGAUUGUAAUAAUCUUGUUCAUUAGUCCUGUAGAUUAAUUAGCUUGUGCUAUGUAUUACUUUAAGUUUA